UGGCUGGCUGCUUUAAGGGUUUCAGCUGACACAAAUCGAGGUUAAACGUAGAAACAGUUGAAAUGUACAAAUCUGACGGUUGGACAGAGAAGCUACCAUUGAUUGGUGCCUUUAACCCCACUCAUCUCUUAUAAGUCUGACCUGUGCUGUUUGGUUCAGCCUGAGGAUCAAGCCUUGACCUCACCAAAGACUCAAGAUGUUACUACUGAAUUGGAAGGCACUGGAAAAUUUCCCACUGCUUAUGUACAUUUUAGCAGCUAAGACAUUAAUCCUUUGCUUAGCGUUUGCUGGGGUAAAAAUGUACCAGAGGAAAAGGCUUGAAGAAAAAAUGAAAAAAGAACAAGAGGAGAAACAGAAAAGGGAAGCUGAGAAGAAAGGAAACUGAGGAGUCUUAAGAGAUUUUCAGACAUUUGGCAGCUUGUUUGGAUUCCUGUCCUGUGAUAGUUGACAACUUCAUUGAAACACAAAGCUCUGCCAGAGGAAUGAAACUUCCACAAAGAGCAACAUUUACUUAAAUAACAUUUGGGGUUUUUUGUAUAUUUAAUAAGAACGUUCUGUUGGCUAUUUGUAUAAUAAAAGCUCUCUUUGUAAAAAACUAAUGACUUAUACUGAAAAUUCUGAAUGUUAGGUUGCAAUUGUUAAAAAAAAGUGUUAAAAUUGUCUAAAUAUUGUUUCCUCCAAACAAGUUCUUUUGUAAAUACAUUAUAAUUUGCUGA